AUGGUGCGAUUCAGCAAGAUCGGUAGCCAGGUGGCGGUGGUUUGCGCUGCGGUGCUGGUGGUUCGUACGGGCGCGCAGUCGAUCACGACGGCCGUGACAGUCUCGGGCACGCCCACAACUACAGUCAUCGCACCUUCGCCCACAGGACGAGGGCUGUGCGACUUCCACAUCGACCACUGGGACUGCGACGCCAGCCAGCCCGAGGCCACCGCCAGCGCAACGCAGAGCGCGGCGGCUAUCGAGCCGUCACCGGUGGGCCAGUUGUGCGAGCUGCACGUCGACCACUGGCACUGCGACUCGCCCACUGCCACUGCCGCCAACGCUGCCGCAGAACCAAGCCCCACCGGUCAGGGUGCCUGCCACCUGCACGGGGACCACUGGCACUGCGAAAACGAAUCCGCCGACGAACAUGAAGGUCAUGAUCACUCGGAAGACAGCCAUGCCGGUCACAACCACGGCGGAUCGCAUGCGGGUCACAACCAUGGUCCUUCCGCCGAAUACGGCUGUGGACUCGCUCCGCCCGCUCCGUACGAUAUGAGCUUGCACAUCGCGUCGAUCUUCAUCCUUCUGGCCGCCAGCGCGUUUGGUGCCUACCUUCCCAUCCUGCUCUACUCCAAGACCGGGGCCAAGAGGUGGGGCCUAUGGGCGAACGAGUUCUUCUUCAUCUGCCGCCACUUUGGCACGGGCGUGAUCCUCAGCACCGUCUUCGUGCACCUGCUCAGCCAUGCACUCAUCUACUGGAGCAACGAGUGCAUCGGCGAGCUGACGUACGAGGCUCCUGCACCUGCCAUUGCUAUGGCGGCCGUAUGGCUCGUCUGGGUCAUCGACUUUUUCCUGCUGCGAUCGCUGCGAAACCGCUCUGGCUCAGCGCGCACCUGCACCCACGAGAUCGAAGACGCAGUGGACACCAAGGAGACUUCUUCGGCUGGGUCGGUCGAGGGCGAGGAGCGCUUUGGCGGGCUCACGUACGCACAGGCAAAGGUAGCCGAGUGGGACGUCUUCGCCAUCGAAGCCGGCAUCAUCUUCCACUCGAUCCUCAUUGGCGUCACGCUCGGCGUUGCGACCGGGUCCGGAUUCGUGGCUCUGCUCAUCGCCAUCGUCUUCCACCAGACAUUCGAAGGUCUCGCUCUCGGAUCUCGACUCUCGCUGCUCGUCUGGCGUGGGGUGGGCACGAAGCUGCUCAUGGCUACCAUGUACGUGCUCACCACGCCUGUGGGUAUCGCCAUCGGCAUCGGAGUGCGCGAGACGUUCAACGGCAACAACUCGACCACACUCAUCGUGCUCGGCACGCUAUACUCGGUCAGCGCCGGUAUCCUGCUCUACACUGCACUCGUCGAACUGCUCAGUGGCGAUUUCAUUCACAACCAGCAGAUGCAGCGCGCCUCGCUGGCUCGUGCCAUCGCCGCUGUUACCGCUGUCACCAUCGGCGCAGCUGCCAUGUCCGUCCUCGCAAAGUGGGCUUAG